AUGAACAAGAAACGUCGUGUAGCAGCAGCAACAGGAGACGACACGUCCACAUCAUUGACUAGUGCUCUUGCAGUCAUUUUCACACCACAGAGAGAUUUAUGGAGGUGCUUUGAUGUCAAAUCAACGCUCACACUCGUGUGCGUACACACGGCAGCUUGCAAACUACUUGGAACGUGGCUUGAUGCAGUGAUGACGGAUAUCUCUUUACAAAAAGAAGCGCUGCCGAUUCCAAUCCAGCUACCACCAAGUACUCCAUUCUACACGAAACUUGUCACUGUGACAAGACUCAUGAUGGCUUUUACUUACAUCACGGCGGUUCAAUUCCCAGUCAGUAGCAAGCCGUAUAAUCUACCAUCGGACCUCUUGUCCAAGCAGCGAAAUGACAAACAAUGUGAACGAGUCCGUUGUGGUCGCCAAGUGAAAGUCGUGCUUACUGAGUGCACUGAAAAGGGAUGGGGUGUAGUUACUGCUCAGCAAAUGAAGCAAGGUGAGUUUGUGGCGGAAUAUACGGGUGAGCUCAUCUCGUCCCAAGAAAUGCGGCGACGGUAUCAAGAUCGUUACGACAAGAAUGCACUAAACUACGUGCUGUCACUACGGGAGCAUGUGGCUCGACAAAACCACUUGACGCUCGAUUUUAAUGUUGUGCGUACAAACGUGGACGCGACAUGGAGUGGAAACGUGACGCGCUUUAUCAAUCACAGCUGCUCGCCCAAUUUAGAGGUGAAGGCGAUACGUGUGGACUCGUUCGUUCCACGUUUGGCACUUUUUGCUCACAAGUGUAUCAAGAUUGGUGAGGAACUAACUAUUGAUUAUGGUGAUGGCGCUAAAGACGCAGUGAAUGAUAGAGAAGCACAAGAUCAAAUAGGACAAAGAAGACCGUGUCGAUGUAGAGCUCCCGAGUGUCGAGGGUAUCUGCCAUUCGUAUCGGAAUGA